UGGAACUACAUUUACUGAGCCUCUUUUAUUCCAGGUGCGACAAUUUUGUGAAUUUUGUAAUCUGGAACGAGUUUCCUUAAAAGUUUUUUAUGAACUUUGACGAGCCUGUUCAGUAGUAUUUGGAACUUUGAGUCGCGAGGUAAAAGAUAUGACUUUUCUAUGUAAUGUACACAGUUCUCUUUAAGUGGGAGUGCGUUUGACAAAUUUUAAUUUCUGGGAAACCCUCUUAGAACUUCUGAAAUGGGUCAAUUUCGGGAAUUCCUCAAAACCCCUUGACUUUCAGUUAUCAGGGUUGUCUCCCAUAACAGUAAUACAGCAAUGGAUGACAACGUCGACGAAUGCUCAUUAGCGGAAAGCUUUGCAGAUAGCGAAGGUCCUGCAACGUCAGAGGCAUCUGAUGCGUUUCCUCAGACAAAAGAAACAGAUAGUGACCUGUUAGUGGACAGUUCACAAGAAAAUGCCAACAGUGGUUCAAAAAGCAGUAAUAAUAACAAUGAGGAUGCAGCCGAAACUAAGCCGCCACUGAGCCAUGAGCUCAAACAGGGAUUAAGGAUUCUUCGAGAAAUUAUGUAUGAAGUUCACAAAUCCGUGAACUGGCCGUUUAUGGAUGCGGUCGAAGUUGAACGCCUCGAACUUUGGGAUUAUCACCAGAGAAUCAAGAAACCCAUGUGGCUAAAAAAGAUGAAGGAAAAGUUUGACAACAGAGAAUAUAAUACCAUCACCGAGUUUGUGGCUGACUUUCGGUUAAUGCUGGAGAACUGUUUCCGUUACAAUGGACCCGACCAUCCCAUAUCAAAAAAAGGCACAAAGCUUGAAACGAUCUUGGAACAGAAGUUGGUGCUUCUCUCACGGGAAUUAAGAGAAAAGACUUCCAUUGCUGCCACAUCAGGACAACCAGUCACCUAUGAAGCAAUUACGAGUUCAAGGAAGCGUCGUAAUGUUGUACCACAUGACUCUAGUAAACUGCUUAACCAGCUUCGGGAAGAAGAAGCAUUAAAGGAAAAAGAAUCUCGAAGGCAGCAGAUGUUGGAACGUAAACUUGCACAGGAGACAUAUAUGCAAGAAUUACAAAAUUGGGUGGACACCCUUGUGGCAGAACCAAUUAGGACAAUUAUAAAUACCAGUUGGGAAAUCCCUCAGAUAGGCCUCUUCCUGUUUUUGUGCCAAGAAGUUUUGAACAUAGGUGAAAUUAUGCAGUAUGAGCUUGAGAGGAGUUUUGCCAUGGCCAAGGAAAGCACUGUAAUGCAGACUGUUAUGACCUCCUUGCUAAGUACACCAUAUCAGAGGACCAGACUUGACAAGAAACCUCUUAUGCCUUACAAAGUGUGGGAGGAGAAGCUCAGAGUGAAGUUGAGGCAGUGGUAUAAAGUGCUGAAAGAUUGUGGAAAGGAUAUACCAAUGGCUGCUGACAAAAUUGGAAUAGAAGAGAUGUUUUUCAAAGUUGUGGGUACCAAAAACCCACUGGAGAAGAAAAAAUUCCAUGAGCUUUCUUUCUAUCAGAAAGUUUGGAUAACGAAAGGACUAUGUGACUAUUGUGUGUCUAACCAGGAGUCAGUGCGUGAUGCAAUGGAUGCCCAGGAAGUGGAGGAAACCAGGGAGUACUUGCUGGGUUAUGACGAGGACGGCAACAGUUACAUGCACUUCCCUCAGUUCUGUGGUGCUGAUGUGCGCAUCUUUAAGCAAACUCCUCUUCCAUGGCCAACUUUAAAAGUGGAAAAACCAAAACCUUCUCCCAGCAAGGCACAGCCAAAGAAAGCAAGAACUCCGAAGAAAAAGAAAAAAGGGAAGUCUGCACCUCCAGCCAGAAGACCUUCUAGACUGAGACAGACUAUCAAGUAUGUUUUGCAACCACAGUCCUCUGAUGCUAGUGACGGCGAUGAGGACAGUGGGCAUGAUUCCGACAUGCAGUCAGACUCGGAGACAACUGAAACUACGCAAUACCAAGAGAGUGUGGACCAAGACAGUGUCACAGACAGUAUGGAUUGGGAGCCUCGGGCACUGAGAAGCAACCAACGACUGAAUACACCACAGAAAGAAAUUGCACCAAGAGAGCAAAAAGACAUGAAUGGUGAGGUUGCUGCUACACAAGAAAUCAGUGAAGAUAUGAAAACCACUAUCGUUCCAAACAGUAAAAGGACUGCUGUGAAAGGACCGAAAAAAGCUAAAAAAAGCCAUUGGAGUAAUAGGAAACAGAGACACCAGGCACCUCGUGGCAAGCGUAGGAAAAAGCUAGAGGGUGGUGGAGAUGAAGGAGAACAUUCAAAUGAAAGCAAAAACGAUGAAGGAAAGGACAACAGCAAUGAUAUGGACUCCAUUAAUAUAGAUCCUAGUAAAAACAGUCCUGAAUCCUGUAAUUCUGCUGGUGCCAGAAAGCUUUCUGGAGAGGUGGAUGUCAGUGCAUCAGGUGAUGGGAAGAAUAAUCCUGAAUCCUGUAAUUCUGCUGAUGCAAGGGUGCUUCCUGGAGAGCUGGUUGUUAGUGCAUCAGGUGAUAACAUUCCUCCUGUUCUAGACACUCAGAGUGAUACCUUGGAGGUACCUGGUAGCCAGGUACAGACUGAUUUUAAGGAGAAAUUCUGUGAUGAAUUAAUGGAUGUAGAUGGAAACAUGGACCCUGACAACAGUUCUAUGGAAAACAAAGAUUCAGAUGAUGUUUCUACACAUGCUCAAACAGGCCUAUCAGAAAACCAGACCGAUUCAGAAAGGAAUUCAGAUGGAAGUAAAUGGAAACUAGGGAGAGACCUUGUGGAAAAUGGUAAAUGUGUGGAAGACUCGAACCAGGCAACAGAGCCAAACAGUGUUUCUGCUGAAUCUUCCAGAAUGGAUUGUGAUAUAGCAGAGGGUGGCAAAGUUGCUGGGGGAACCUCUGAAAAGGAGACUGGUGAGACAGAAGGGAAGGAUGCCGCAGUUGACACCUCUGCAGUGGAAUGUGAUGAAGCAGAAAAGAAUGGGACAUCAGAUGCAACAGAUGGAAACAAGGCUUUGGUUGAGAUGGAAGUUGAAGAAAGUGAUGAAGAAGAUGGAAUAGAAAUUGAGGCCCCAGAUCCUGAGCAGUUCAUAAUGGUUGUAUCCAGUGUGGAGGAGUUGAGAGCACUCUGUGCUCAGUUUGCAGAAAUAGAGCCUUUUGUAGAAGGAUCUGGGAAAAGACAAAAGAUUAUUAAGCCACCACCAAGGAAACGUUGUGUAGCAGAACUACAUGAAAGACUGACAUACUUACUGUCAGAACUAGAGCCAUGGGAAGCUAAGCUCAUCCAAGCUAACAAGAAAGCUAAGACCAAAUUGAGAAAGGAGCAAGAAGAAUAUGAAGAUGAGCCUACAACAGAGAUGGAGGAUGUGUGGGAUAGUGAUGAACCUGUGUCAGAAUCUUCUGAAGGUGAAGAUUCUGAUGAUCAUGAGGAAGAUGCAGAUGAGACCAAUUCCGUGUCCAGUCGCUGCACCCCUACACAGUCCAAAGAUAAAAGAAAGACCCCAGCUGGAGAAAAAGUUACUGAUGAAGAUCUUUAUGAUGUAAGCUCUAGAGGACGUGUGAGAAAACGACGCCUAAUUCCUAAUAACACAGAAGACCAAGGGGUGAAGAAGGCAAAAACUGCUGUAUCUGCCUUGCAGCAGCAUCUCAUGUCUAAGCUAACUAAGUCACCAGCUGAAUCUGACUCAAAGCCAGUUAGUUUGCUUCAGAAUCAGUCCCUACUGAAGUAUUUGAUCAGUACUCCGCCAGGGUCAUCACUGAAUCAACCAAUGGGAGCUGGCUUCUUUGCCAGGACCUCGACAGGACAGGAGGUAUUUUUCACUCUUACAUCAAAUGCUUCAGGCUUACAAGCCACCCCAACUCACUUGAUUAAUGCUCUGGUGAAUAAUGCCAAGCCGAAAACAUCGGCUCCCUCAACAACAACACCAACGACCACCCAGACCUUCACCCCAUAUCAGUUUUCACUGAAAUCUCCACCCAAAACUGCAACAGCCUCACCAGCUACAACAACUGUCAACUGGAGGCUGCCACGGAUACAGUCUGUUAAACAGCAAACUGGAUCCAGCUUAAUCACUAUGGGAACAAACCUUACAAUGACACAGGCUAGUACUAGUGUGGCUAGCCUUUUGUCUUCCUCACCACCGACUACUACCAGUGAGCAAGGCAAGGUGUCCUUCUAUCAGCAUAACCAGAUAGGAAGUCUGCCUCCACACAUGAUCCAGUCUUUGCUUAAAAACCAGGCAACAAAAUUACAGCCUUCAUCUGUCGGUAGUGUUCAAGGACAAGUGCUUCCAGUCGGAGUGAAAUUGGUUACUGCAACUGCCCCAACAUCAGAGGCAGUUACUGGCAUUGCUCUCCAUGCAACCAAUGUCUCAGUAGCCACUGCAGCAAACCAGCCACGUUUAACCAGCUCUGCACAGCACAUUCCAACACAGUCUGCUACCACUUCUCCAGUACUACCAGUACAAAGUCAGGCUGGAGUUAAUACAGGGCUGCUGAAACUUGUCUCCACUCCACCUAAACAGAAAUAUGCAGGUAAUGUGACUGUGAAAGCUUUGCUGGAGAACAGAGCCCACCAGAAGGGAACGGAAUAUGUGGUGGUUCCUCCAGUGCCUCGAAGUUCACAGGAGUUGCUGUCUAGCGAAAGCAAAAGUCCAGCCAAAAAAACAGUUGUUGAUCCUGCUGCCCAAGCUCAACUUGCAGCCAAACUUGCUGAGCUCUCUAAGUCAGUUUUUAUUGAGUCUGCUGUCAAGGCAGUUACUACAACAGUGAAUACCACACUCCCAACAGUCCAAAUGAAUGUGCCUUCCCCUCUUACUAUGCCCACAAUCCAGCCAAGGAGAAGUGUCACCCAAGUCACCCAGGCCACCAAAUCUCCCAUUUUAGCUUCUAAUAUGCAAUCCAGUAACAAAACAACUCCAGUCAAAACCACACAGAGUGAGCCUCAGCAGACCUCUCUGCCGUUGACUGUUGUAAGCGGGGCACCAGCAACAAAGACACCUGCUGUGCCACGUCAAGUCCAAGUUCCUCAAGCUGCUGCCCAGAAAAGUGUCUUGGUGAAGAUGGUUCCUCAAAGUGUCACUGGUGCUACCACCCCUCCCCAAGGCCCCAUGCAAGCUAUCCUUACACCACAGGGUAUUCUUAUUCCCCAUCAAGCCUUGCAGCAGAAUGUGCCCAUACAGAAUAUCGUUGCCAAGCUAAACCAGCUACAGAAGCAGGGAGUGCUGCCUAAUGUAGCACUCCAGACAGUUGGGAUAUCACCACAGCAGCAACAAGGCAAACCAGCCCAGGUCCCAGUGCAGACACUGGUUGGCCAAGGAGCAACUGGUGUGGUUGUUAAGCAGGAAUCAGUUCCUCUUACUCCUGGGACCAGAGAAAGGGUGGCGGUUGCCCUGAAGCCCACUACUGCAGUGAGGAGUCAGAAACCACCAGUUUCUAAGUUGGUGACAGGCCCUGUCACACACUCCAAGGCUUCCAGUAAACCACUGCUAGUGUCUUGCAGCCCCAACAUCGGCAACCCCAGUGUGUUUACAGUGCAGCCUGGCACCUCAGUGGCUGGGCAGGCUGCCGCUUUUACUGCUACAGUGUCCAGGGCAGCACCUGCGGCUUCUACUAGUGUGAAAUCUCCAGCAAAAAACCUUGGGUUGCCACCAGCACAGCAACAACAGAAAUUAGUAUUGUUCAAUGUGGGUGGACAACUAGUCACAGCACAGGGUGUGCCAGUCACAGUGUCUGAUGCUCAGUUGCAGUUGAUGUCCCAGUCCCCAAAGAUUUCUUUGGCUAACAUUCAGGGACUUGGAACUGGCUUGAUAGUACAAAAGAAAACACCUACAAAAGUCGGAGGUCAAGUUCAAAAUCUCCAACAAUUAGGAGUGCUGCAACAGGCCAUCAGAUUGCAAACUGCUGUGCAGAGACCUAAUACGUCCACCAUUCCAAUCAUCACACGUGGUCAAAGUGCUCAAAGUGCUCCAAGUGGUCAAAAGGUCAUUAGUGUGUUGCCAGAUCAUAGGUCAACAGACCACACAGGCAGUCAAGGGAAGAAGGUUAACAGUAUUGGUACCUCACACCAUAGUAUUACAACACCAGUGGGCAGUGGAACCUCAGUGUAUAUAGCCAAGCCAGCACAGGGUGUGAACACUUUACAUCUGCCAGCUGGGUCUGCAUCAUCUCAACUUGUCCAAGCUGCUGCCUGUGCUGGACUGUAUGGGAAUCCACCUAUUGCUAGCCCAAAGCACAUACUGGGCAAUGUUAACAUACCCCUUCAGCAACAAUCCGUGUCCAAUACUGCUGACUAUAAACCCUCUUAUGUUCCUGUUCCCACCAUCACAAGUGCUGUGUGUAAGGUUGAAGGGAAUAUUGUAGUGACAUCGUGUGGGGUGAAGCAGGAGAAAGGAAAUGCCAGUAAGACUUUAUUUUCUACUGGGACUUUAACUCCCCAGCAACAGCCUGCACUGGCUGCAGCUUUAACAAGUGCUCCGAGAUCAAUAACACCUACAAAAGGAGGUUUAUUACAUGCCACUACUCAGCCUACUGAGAUUAAACUGCUCCCCCACGGUGUCUCAGAGCAGGAUGAUAAAAGUAAUGUCCCUCACAGUGGCAGUCACACCGAUGCAAAGCCACUGCAACAGAAUGCCCCACUUGUAACUGUUACAACUGUAAUCUCAAGUAGUAGCGUAGAGCCAGGUGUGAGGACAACACUGUCAACUGACACGGAGACUGUAGUGAAGCAAGAGAACACACUGCCAGGUGUAGUGACAAGAAUCCCACAAGAUGUCACAGAGUUGGCUGGACAAGCGACAGCACAAUCACUAGACAGCUCUGGGGAUUAUGAUAUGGAUAUCAGCGAAAAAAAACUUUUCAUUGUCACUGAAGUUCCACUUGAACAUCCCAAACAGACAGAUCAUGUGAGCAAUGGGAAAAUGAAUGGGGAAACCAAACCAUCACUUAGUCAGCUUUAGAGUUAGUACAUAGAACAAGUGGUGUUGAUAAUUUAUUAAAUAUAUGAAUACUGAUGACCAAAAGAAAUUGAUUGACUUGAUUUUUGAGAGACCAGUGAAACAUGAAAUAUUUAGUGUGAAACAGUGCUUAUAAUCUAAGCAGGAGACACUUCUUGAUUUCAUCAACCAAAACUAUAUUCAAGAAAUACACUUUUUUAUUCAUAGCCAGUAAAAGCGCUAGGAGUUUGUUUUUUUUUAAUCUACAGACAUUUUAUAAGUUGCAAGACAUCAAAUUUACCCAAGUUGAGUUGAAGCAAUCAAGUGCAUAACAAUGUAAGCAUGCUGAUUAUACUGUGAUGGAAUUAAAAGGAAUUCAAUAA